AACCUUUUGCAUUCUCGCACUUUAAAUUUCCAAUGCAAUAAUGUAUUCAUUCCAAUGGUAAAUACAGUGUUCGGAGCAUUUUAUUUAUUUUAAUUUAUCGAUUGUUUAAUCAAGCGAUAAUGUCGUCGACUGAUUGUCAUUAUACCUUCGUCAGAUCGUCAGCGUCUUCGUAUUAUUGGAGUAAUUUGCAUUGCUAGUGACAUCAGAGUGGAUUCGGAAGAUGUUGCGAUAUCCAAGUUAACGAUUUCAGUAGUAACGCACCACCUGGAAGCUUAUCCGAUUGUAAUGACAGUGUCGUGUUACGGUCGACGGUGUUGAGUAAUUGUAAAUAUGUCAUUAACGAAGGUUAUAUUUUUCACGCAGUUUCGAGAAUGAGCCCGAAACUCUAGGACUGUUUCGUUUAAUCGUAUACGGAAGUAAUGUCGAUGACCGGCGAUCAAUUUUGAUAGUUUCCUUGUACCAUGAUGGGAAUAUUGUAUGAGAAACGGCCACUGAAACGGCCUAGACUAGGGCCGCCUGACGUCUAUCCCCAAGAACCUAAACAAAAAGAGGACGAGCUCACCUCUAUUAACGUCAAACAUGGAUUUGCCACGAUGCCUCAGCUCUCCGACGAGUUCGGAACAGCGAGGCAUUGCAACGUCACUGCCGCCAAAGUGGGAGCGUACUUCAACGCGAUUCUAGCGAAGAAGGAGGAGCUGUCUACGAUGCCGGACACAGGUAGAAAGAGACAACAGAUCAAUCCGAAGGACAAUUUCUGGCCCGUAACCGCGAGGACGAAAAACGGCAUCGAGGCGUGGUUCAAAGAUCUCUCCGGUUGCAAGCCGUUGAUAGCUCUCGCAAAGAAGGCUCCCAACUUCAAUAAGAAGGAAGAGAUAUUCAUGAUGCUCUGCGAGUAUCAAGUACCCAUGCUGAGGGCAGCCUGGUUCAUUAAACUCAGCUCGGCUUAUACGGUCGCAGUUUCGGAGGCUAAGAUUAAGAAAAGACAGUUGCCCGAUCCAACUACGGAAUGGACGGGGACGCUUAUAAAAUUCUUGAAGGAUCAACUCUCGAAGUUACAAGAACAUUACUACAUAAAUAGCCACUCGACGAAUAGCGCUAGCAACAACGGUAUCGCGAAUAAUUCCUGCAACAGCAACGGUUCUGGAAGCAGCAACAGUAACAACAACAGCGGCACCAAUAACAUCAACAGUAACAAUAACGGUAACAACGGAACCGCUACCAAUCAACCAGCCACGCCAAAUUCGAAUAAUCAAACACCGUCUGGAAACACCAUGAACGAGGAGCACAAAUUAGCGUUGAAGCAAUGGCAUUACUGCGUUCAGUUGGCGAAGUUUAUGUUCGAAGAAGGUUUAUUAGACAGACAGGAAUUGCUGCAGUGGAUUUUAGAGUUGUUGGACAAAAUCAAGUCUUCCCCUUCGGAAGAUGGUAUCUUGAAGCUUCUGUUACCAUUGGCGUUGCAAUACUUGGAAGAGUUCGUGCAGUCCGAGUUGCUAGCCAGGCGUUUGGCGUAUCUGUGCUGUCGCAAGCUGGCUCACAUGUGCAGCAACGUCGAGGCCAACGGCAAUCCUCAAAGUCCGUCCAUAAAUAAGAGCGACGCGAACGGUGGGAAGGAAACCGCCGCCGCUAGCCAAACACCGAAUCCGUUGACCGCUGCUUUCAGCGACUACUUGUCGUGCCCCCAUCACAGAGACGUGAUAUAUAGUUUAUCGACGAUAAUACAGGUGAUCACAUUGGAAUGCCCAACGGCACUGGUAUGGAACAGCGUUGGCGAAGGGAAAGCUCCGUCCGUGCUAAACGGUUCCCCUUUGGACUAUUUAUCGUAUCCUCCAACGACUCUACCGUGUCCAUCCGCGAGCGCUACUAAUCCUAUAUUGAAGCAGCUGAAGAUCGGCCAGGAGAACAUUCGCGCGCGGUCCCAGGCCGCCGAAGGCAAAUGGUCCUGCGACAAGUGGCAGCAGAGCAGCGCUGGGAUAACAACGACUAAAGUCCUGGCUGCUUUGGACGCCCUGGAUCGGCACAGCUUCGACAGAAUGGACUCCAACAAUUCCUUGGACACUCUGUACGCUAAGAUAUUCACGUCGCCCCCGAAGGACACCGGGAACGAAAGGGACGCGAAAACCGAGUACAACCCGCAGCAGGAUUCCGCUGUGGUUGAGAUAUUGUGCGAGUGGGCGGUGAGCGCCGAACGAUGGGGGGAGCACAGAGCUAUGGCGGUCGCUAAGCUGCUCGAGAAACGGCAGAGCGACGUCACUGGGGAGACGAAUGACAAUGACGAUAAAGAUAGCGUCUGUAGCAAUGGGAAUCCGCAUGUGCUCCCGAUCUUUCAAGCGUUGCUCAUGAAGUUCUUGGACAUGGACGCUCCGGUAUUAGACAAUACACCAGCACAGUCAAAAGUUCAGUUCACGAAUUUGGUUCACUUAUUUUCAGAGUUAAUUAGGCACGAUGUAUUCUCGCAUGACGCGUACAUGUGCACGUUGAUCUCCAGGGGAGAUCUUAUUCAAGGUCCAGCAGCCAGCAAACCCGGAACUCCAAGUAAUAGAGAACCAAUCGACGAGGAUAGCUUGUUCCCAGGGAUAGAUUUAAAACCAGCGAAAUUAGAGGUAACAGAUCACGGACGAACAAUGGAUUAUGAUGAUAGUAAAAUUGACGAUGAUUUGGACAAGCUGCUGCAACAUAUUAAAGAAGACCAACAGAACAGUAUGGAUGCCCCGGACAGUCCCAAAGAAGACGCGCUAGCGGGGCACGGGACUCAGGAAGGACUCGAUUCUAAGAUGCCCUCGAGUCAUAGUAGACACUUGUUGUACACUACCCACUUUCCGCUGCCCCAGGACGAGACGUGCAGCCAGCACGACUGUAAUCAACGGCACGUGCUACUUUACGGAGUGGGACGCGUCAGAGACGAGGCCAGGCAUGUCGUUAAAAAGAUGACCAAGGAAGUGUGCAAAUUGUUCGGAAAGAAAUUCAGCAUCGACGUAGCCGAAGGCGGAAAAGUGAAGAAGCAUUCCCGUAGCGAGUUCAACUUCGAGGCGAUCACGUUGAAGUUUCAGAACUUGAGCUACUUCGAUCAGCACGUGGUGACGUGGCAGUGCGCGACUCAAGUCAUCGAGAUGUUGAACGCGUUCGCGCUGGUUGGCUCGUCGUAUUUACCGGUGCAAGAGCACGUGGCGUUCCUAUUCGAUUUAAUGGAACUAGCCCUGAACAUAUACGGCUUGAUAGACGUCUGCAUCCAAAUUCUGAAGGAACUACCAGAAGUCGAGGCCCAGUUGACGGUUAGAAACAGUCAACUCAUCAGGAGCUAUACGACCAGCUUGAGUCUGUACGUUGUGGGAGUUUUAAGGAGAUACCAUUGUUGUCUACUGUUGUCUCCGGAGCAGACGACAGCGGUGUUCGAUUUGCUCUGUAAAAUCGUGAAGCACGUCUCGAAUCCCAGCGACUGCAGCUCAGCCGAACGAUGCGUGCUGGCGCAUCUCUACGACCUGUACUCGUCCUGUUCCCUGUUGAAGACGAAACCGCACGGUGUCGAAGCGUUCAGCAACGCUUACCCGAAAAUCCGUACGGCUCUCUACAGCACCUUGCAACCGACUACGUCGAGCCACGUGUACAACUCUCAGUUCAUGGUGGACGUGUUCACCAGCCCGAGACGCGGUGGGAAGAUCGAACCCCAGUGGGCUAGACAACUGAACGAAACCCCGGCGAAUCGUUACAGUUUCGUCUGCAACGCUAUAGUCGCUGUCUGCAGCGAAACAGACAACGACAAACUGAACGACAUCGCCAUUACUUGCGCGGAAUUAACGGCUUGCUGCAACGCGCUCAACGCCGAGUGGCUGGGCGUCCUCAUGGCUCUCUGUUGCUCCUCGAACAGCUCAGCUUUUUACAUCGACGUCCUGAAUCAAGUCGACGUGCAGGAUUUAAGCAUACAUAAUUCGUUGGCUGUAUUCACGUCCAUCUUAAUCGCGAGGCACUGUUUCUCUCUGGAGGACUUUGUCGUGCACAUAGCACUGCCGUCGUUGGUGAAGGCUUGCAACGAAGGCCGCGGUGACGCGGACAUGGAGGCCGAGGCCGGAGCGCGUUUAACGUGUCACUUGCUAUUGAGACUCUUCAAGACCGUCGAGUGUCCUCAGCCGGCUCUCUAUUCCGUGAGCACGAGUCCUCAUCCUCUGCCGAAUGGCAACUCGAGAGGCUACAGCAUCAAGCUGAGCUGCGAUAGACAUUUAUUGGCAGCUGCUCACAAUAACAUCAGAGUAGGCCCGGUUCUGGCGGUGCUCAAAGCCAUACUCGUCGUCGCUGACGCGACCGCUGGCAAACAACCACCGAAGAAACCGGACGUGCCGAUGAAUCACUCGAACAAAGCGGGUGGACCGGCCAGCGUCGGCGUGGGAGGCGUGGUGAGCACCGGUGGACCCAGCGAGCUGUCCAUCAGCCACAUCUUAGGCACCAGCGACAUUUUAGGAGGCGGAGACGACUUGGGCCUCGAUCUGGCAAUGUCCUCGUCCAGCAGCAGCGCUGGCAUGAGCACGGAGAACGUGAAGGGUCUGUCGGACUUCGCGCAACACGUCCUGAGACAGAUUUGUAGCCAGGAAUGGGUCCUGGAGAGGUGCUUGCAAAAUCCAGAGGAACUCUGUCACUCCGACAUGCUCCUGGACAAUAUGCUGACCCAUCGACAAGCUCAACGGCUACUCCACAUGAUAUGCUACCCGGAAACCUCCACGGACGCGUUCAUUGACCAGAAGACUCACAUAACGAACAUUCUGGAGACUCUGGAACAGUGGAGCCUGAGAAUGUCGUGGCUCGAUCUUCAGUUGAUGUACAAACAAUUCUCUCCGGGGUCGAGCGACCUCUCGCAAUGGCUGGACACGGUCGCCAAAGCCGCGAUCGACGUUUUCCAAUUGAACACGUUGUCCAGCAAAAUGGACAAACGGUCCGGUUCUAUAUGGCUGGUAGCGCCGCUCGUUUCGAAGCUGCCGAGCGCGGUGCAGGGCCGCGUUCUCAAGGUGGCGGGUCAGGUAUUGGAAUCCGGGAACUGGUCCAAGACAGCGGCGGGCCGCGAGAGAGGCAGAUCGAAGUCGCCGUCGCUGUUCAAUCACCAACCGUUUCUCUCGCUGGUUCUCACUUGCCUCAAGGGCCAGGACGAUCAAAGGGAAGGCCUGCUGAUGUCGUUGCACUCGCAGUUGUCGCAGUUCUUGAAUAUCAGCAAAGAGGAGAAGAACUUCGCCACGGAGGAUCCGAAAACGAGAGAGGUGUUGCAGGACGCGCUGCAGUUGAGAUUCAGCCUCGUAGGCGGUGUUUUCGAUACUAUACAACGGAACACGACCGCUACCACCGACUGGGCUAUCUUGUUGGUUCAGUUGGUCAGCUACGGUGUCAUUGAUCUGAACAAUAACUCGGAACUGUUCACCACUGUUAUCGACAUGCUCGCCACCCUGAUACACUCCACCCUGGUAUCCGACUCCCAGUCGGAGAAAGACGAGAACAAGAAACAUUAUCAGAAUCUGAUGAAAAAGCUGAAGAAGGAACUCGGCGAUCGAAAUUCCACGAGCAUUCGAUUCGUGAGACAAUUGUUGCCGUUGCCGAAAUUGACCAUGGAAGUCAUUACGUGCGAGCCAGUCGGAUGUCUAACCGACACGAAAGGCAACAAGAUAGCUGGCUUCGACAGCAUCGACAAGAAACAGGGCUUGCAAGUAUGCGAUUCCCAAAGAGUGUCAGCGUGGGAAGUGCUGGAAGGUCACAAGAAUCCAGCACCGAUAUCCUGGGCCUGGUUCAGAGCGGUUAAACUGGAACGUAAACCUCUCACCUACCAAAAUGCCCAUAAACUGUUGCGUUAUCACACCCACAGUCAGAUCAAGCUACCCAGCCACUACUUGGACCCUCCGCCUUUACCCCCUGAAGACUUGGAGCCAGACAAGAAGGAGUCCGAGCCUGGAAAGGCUGACACUCCCAUGAGUAUCGACUCUCCUGGAAGGGUAACUGGCAGCAUCGGCAACAGUGGCAUUGGUACUGCUGUCACCAAUGGCAAGGGCAAGGCUAUGAAGACCCGGAGGAACAGGAAGAACAAAGGAGCUGCUACACCUACUACGCCUGUAUCACAGCAAAUUCAGCAACCACCGAAUCAACUACAGCAGAUAGCGUUCGGAAAUCAACAAGUAGCCGCUGCACAACAGCCUGGAAUGUUCACCGGUCAACCGCCGCAGCAUCAGCAGCAAUGGUACACCAACCAACAAACCCACACGCCAUCCCAGCAGUACGGAUACGGCCAACAAUUGCCACCGACUCCCGUCGGACAAAGAUACGACAGACCAGGGAUGAAUCAAUCGAAGCAAGCGCUCUCUCACAUGCUACGUUUGCGUCUGCCCUCGAAUCAGUUGAUGAGCUCCCAGCAACAACCGAACGCCACGCCUGUCGGUGCUCCGGGUGCUUUCCAAGGUAUGCAGAGGCAGCAGUUCAUCCGGCAACAGCUGAGAGCUCAGCACGGGGCACCGAAUAUGAAUCCGCAGCAAGGAAUGUUCGCCUCCCAGCAGCAACAGCAACAACAGCCCCAGCAACAAGGAAUCUACACUGGAAUGCAGCAAGGUAACCGCAUGAAUCAAAAUUACGCAGGAUACGGCGGUCAACAGAUGAUACCCCAACAGCAACCGCAACAGCAACAGCCGCAGGCGCCACAACAAGCGCAGCAGCAACAACAGCUGUUGCAGCAACAGCAGCAACAACAAGGUUUGAUGAACCCGCAGCAGAACAUGAUGUUUUCCAAUCAGCAACAGAUGAUGGGACCUCAACGAGGCCAAGAGUACAUACCCCAACGGAUGCAACCCGGGGCUGCCAGGCCACCGUAUCUUCAGGCACCGAAUGUUACCAUGAACACGAUGGGUCCAAUGGGAGGCGGAGUCCAAAAUCAACCAGCUCCGCCCUACAGGCAAGCUAGUGGAAAGCCAGGCGCGGUUGGAGUAACCGGAGUAGGCACUGCCAACGUUGGUUUGCAGCAAAAUCAACAAUUUCAACAACAACAGGCGAUAAAUCAACAACGUAUGAGGCAACAAAUGCUCGCUAUGCAACAGCAGCAAGCACAGCAACAGCAGCAAGCGCAGCAACAGCAACAACAGGGCAACGCUGGUGGACAACAACCGACUCCGCAAUUGGUGACCCACUUGCAACGACACUUGAGUCAACCGCCCCAACAUUAUCAACAUCAACCGCCGCCUUAUUAGUAGUUUAAUGUGUACAUAAAUUAAGUAAUACGUUGUACAAGAACAAUUUAUAUAAAGUGUGUAAAUCUGGUUCGCAAGAGAUACAUAACUUAAUUCGUGGUGUGAAUGUGUAAAGCGUGCCAUGGCGAAGGCAAUAAAACAAAAAACGACUUCAGGAAGAUAUUAAUUUCAUUAUAUAAUA